CAGCCACCUGGUCCACGCCCAUGGCCAAUUAUUGGAAACACUUUCAGCUUGCCCGACGUGAAGCCGUGGUACCUCAUGGAACAGAUUUCAAAACAAUAUAAUUCCCCAGUCAUCACAUUCUGGAUCGGAAGGAACCCAACUGUUUGGAUCAACGAUGCUUGGUCCGCCCAUGAGAUCUUAGUCAAGCGCGCGGGAAUCUACUGCUCCCGCCCGAGAAUGCUCAUCUUUGCCGAACUCGGUGCGGGACAGUGGAACAUGCUGAACAUGUACACGAUCACAAAGCAGCAGCGAGAGCGAUUUCGAGAUCACCGGAAGCUGACCCAUCUUGGCGUUGGCGUACAUCAGGUGCAAAACUACAGGAACUUACAAGAUGACGAGAGCAAGGUCUCUACUUGUGAUCUCCUGACUUCACCAGAUGACUACGUUGCUCAUUUCGAGCGCUAUGCAACAAGUGUAGUUUCCAUCAUUGGUUUUGGUCGACGUGUUGCCGACACCAAAGAUCCUCUCAUAACCGAAGUCAUUGACAUAAUGCAUAAAGCUGCUGAAUUGGCAGUGCCUGCAAAGGACUUCCCGCGUCUCAUGGAAACGUUCCCUGUGCUUGCAAAAUUUCCCAACUGGAUGGCUCCCUGGAAACACGGCAUGGGUCAAGCUGCGGUUCCAAAACAUACCGGCGUCGACUUCUUUUACGCCCUUGCAGAAGAGGCAAAUGAGCGUGAGCAAGAUAAUUACUCAAAGCUGGUCUUUAAAGAGGCACCCAAGUACAACCUGCAUCAGCUUGAGAUCGCUGGUCUUGCGGCAAAUCUUUUGGGGGCCGGUGCUGACACCACUGCAAGCACACUCAUAACCGCAGUACUUGCCAUGCGAGCUUUCCCAGAGACUCUGAAGCCCGCAUGGGAAGAGUUAGAUCGCGUGGUAGGCUCGUCACGUAGUCCUGGAGCGGAUGACGAUCUGCCAUACAUGCGUGCCUUUGUCAAAGAAGUUCUUCGCUGGCGUUCGGUUGCGAUUGUGGGUGGUAUGCCGCAUGCACCAACACAGGACGAUAUCUGGAACGGUUACUUGAUACCUCGAGGCUGUUGGGUCCAAGGCAACGUAUGGGCCAUACACCACAACGAUCGCGACUUCCCUGAGCCUGACCGUUUCAACCCUCGACGCUAUCUAGAUACUCCAGAUGCUCGCCCUUUCCCAGUCGGGAAGGGAUACAUGACAUUUGGCUGGGGCCGAAGAUCAUGCGCCGGUCAGUUUCUGGCUGAGCAAGGCGCAUAUCUUAGCGUAUGUCGCCUGGCAUGGGCCUUCAAAAUUGCACCUGCUCUUGAUGCAACGACUGGACAUGCGAUUCCAGUCGACAUAUUCGAUUACUCUGACGGAUCAAACUGGCGGCCAAAUCCCUUCCAAGUAAGAUUUGAGCCACGGAACCCGGAUAUCAAGCACACCGUCAUUCGGGAAGGAAGGCAGGCUCUGAAGGAUCUGAGUAAGUACGAUGGGGACAGCAAGUUCAGGCUCAGCACCUACUACGCCUAG